UGCUGGCCAUGUCUGAGGAGUUGGUGGCCACACUUUGUGCCACAACUGGGCCGGCUGAAGUGGACGCUUCAUCUCUCAACGCCAGCUCGAAGUUCAAUUUCACGCUGGGUGCUGCGUUAGGCGCUGGAGCCACCAGCUGCGUCCAUGCAGUGGAGAAACCUCUGGAGGAAGGCCGCUUUGCGGCCAAGUUUUUCCGGCCGGACAAAGGUAAGCAGCCUGCUGCGCUCCAGCGAGAAGUACAGAUCUUGGCAAAGUUGCCCACAAGUGCGUACAUCGUCAAUUUCCACGGCUACUACUCAACAAAGGUGGAGGCCACAUCUGUUCUUCAACGGAACCUGCGGCGGGACAGCAACGCGUCUACAGUCGCCGUUCCAGAGGAAGAAGAACAUGGAGUGUUCUUUUUUAUUUUGAUGGACAGGUGUGACUGCACCUUGUACAGCUUGAUCCAGAAGACAGCCUUUUCGGAACCAGAAGCCUGCUUUGCCACGGAGGCUCUUUUGCAGGGUGUGACACAUCUGCACAAUUUGCGGCUUGUCCACCGUGACAUUAAGGAUCUCAACAUCAUGGUGGCAGAUGCUGGUCGAAAAGUGUGCCUGGGCGAUUUCGACCUGGCAACCUCGAUUCCGGAGAAGGACACACUCAUCGAGUGGAAGGGUGGCACUCCAGGCUACAUGGCGCCAGAAGUGUGGAGCAAAGGUCGGGGUGGAUUCAAAGCAGACAUCUUCGGUGUUGGUGUCGUCCUUCACGUGCUCCUGACCAGGAGCAAUCCCUUUCAUCCAGAUGAGGUCAGCAAGCCAGGUAACAGCGGCCCACUGAGCUAUGAUAUCGUGCGACUCUUCCGGAGCGAAAGCAGCUGUGAGCUGCUCUACUCACUCUUGGCCGAAGAUCCGGAGCUGCGACCCUCCGCCCAGGAAGCCUUAGAUUUCUCUUGGCUGCUGGGUGAGGAAGUGGUGAAGAGCAACUUGUGCAAGCACGUGGUUAAGUUAGGCUUCGCCUCAGAAGAUGAAGGCCACGAACAGACGGAGCGCCCCAAUGGCUCGAGAAGCCUGGCACUCUGGCGACGCAAGGGUCCGGAGGCUGGCACGAAAUCCCCGGGGGUCAGUGGCUCCAGCUUCUUCCGAACCGUCUCGAGAACCAUGAGAACUGCGAGGAGCAUUCUUCCAUUUGCGCGACGGCAUUCCAAGAUUGUUCCUGUACCUGACCUCAAGGAGGUGGAUUUCGAUGAUGUUUGCUUGCCAUGAAUCCGCGAGAUUGGUCCCCGCACAACCCGUGUUUCAAAUGCGGGGCAGACUUCGCAAGUCUGCCUCACUUGUGUAGCAAAAGCGGCCAACACCUUGGUGUCAUCGAGGGAACGGUACCUAAGCUGGGCGCCAACUGGACAGCAGCCUAGCUAAGUGCCUAGCUAGUGAAGGGCUCACUGGUGGUGAUUUUAAGAACCCCAUCGGACAGAACUUCUGUGCAUUUGGCAGCUCACAAGUGGGGCACCUGGUUUCAGAGCUGGUUUGCCCAGUCUCAGGGUGCUUUUUCCUGAUCCAUUGCGAUCACACACCCUCGAAAUACUGCUUUUACCGUGCGGAACGACGAUGGUUUUAAAAGUAGCAUGCACGGUGGCAUGAUUCCUGAGGCUUUUCUGGCGUGCAUAUUUUUGGCGUGCUACUUACGGCUGGAAUGCUUGCACAGCCGAGAAGACCUCAGGAGUCAUUUACAAUUAUAAGAACUGUACCUUUUGCAGAUGCGCGGGCUGCUAUGAGGGCGCCGCGUUCUUGUUGUCCUCCAACAGAACCAAGCUCACGGCCAAGCCACAUGGGCAAGUCCGGAGCUGAUGGAGGCGAAGGAUUGCAAUGCAUUCAUAUGAAUCGCCAAAUGGAACAUGCCUGGAUCUUCUUUAAAAACUAUCGUGAAUGUGACGUUUCUUUCGGGGUGGUGCACGACACGAUCGAAAUCAGUGUCAGCCCUUGUUUGCAGAGCGUCGCUGGUCCG